AUGUCUUCGCGCUCCCGGCGUUCCGCUGAUAGCAAGGGCUUGGCCUCCGUAUCUCGGGGCCCGCCCUCCUCGUCCCCACAAAGAGGGGAAGAUAAGGACCACACCUACCUGACCGUCAAGUUGCCGUCGAGCAAGUUGCGACAGGCAACGGCCAGCCGGACGGGUAACCAGAUCUCCGUCGGCGGCGGCCGGGACAGCUACGGUAGCACCAGGCGGAGCGCGCGGGGCGGCAAGAAGAGCUACGUUGUUGAGUCCAGUGAGGACGAGGAGGAAGAGGAAGAGGAAGAAGAGGAGGAGCAGGACGAGAUCGAAGUCGGCGGCGAAAGGCUCGACGAUGAUGAGGAUGAGGAGGAGGACGAGGAGAUGGAGGAUUUGGGCGACGAGGACGCCGACGGUGAGGUCGUUGAGGAUGACGACAUGGAUGUCGAUGCUGAGGGAGAGGACGACGACCUGGGAGAGGAAGAUGCCGAGGGCGAUAUUGAUAUGGACGUCGCCCCGCCUCCCCCGACUAUCAAGAUCUCCAAGCCCGCGAAAGGAGCUGCUUCAAGCAAGGCCAAGAAUGCACCUCCUCCGAAGCGGACCGGCAAGGCUGCUCCUGUAGCCCAGCAGACUCCUGAUGAUGAUGAUGACGACGACGAUGAGGAGUUGAGCGAUCUGGAAAGUGACGAGGAUGACGAGGAGAUUAACGCCACGAUGGACAUUGGCGGCGACGAGGAUGCUGAGGGCGAGGAAGAAGAGGAGGACGUUGAUGCCGAGGGAGAGGAGAUUGAGGUCGCAGAGGAGGAUGAAGAGGACGAUCUGGACAGCGACAAUGAGACGCCUGGCGGUGGCAGUCGAGGCGAGACUCCGGACCUGGCCAAGAUGACAGUGCGCCAGCGAGCGCGUUUCGAAGAGCCUAACCCAGCCCAGUAUCAGGCUCUAUCAAACGAAAUCCAAGCUAAGAAGGUCUUCACUGCUGAGGAGAUCAGCAUGAGACGAGCGGAGAUGGCUCGCCGCAGACGCAACCUGAGCGAGAAGCGAAAUGAGGAGGUCAAGAUGGAAACUAUCAACAAGCUACUAAAGAAACAGGCGCCCAAGACCAACCGCAAGGCUCAGGCCGCUGGAGAUGAGACGCCCGAUGUCGAUGCCAAUAGGCCUAACCCUAUCUUCAUCCGCUGGAUCAGCAGCAAGGAGGGCAGCCGCGUAGCAGUCACCGAGGAAAUCAUGGACGGUCCUGUUGGUAACGUAUUCAAGGCCCAUACUGGCAGCAAGAUGGUCCAGGAAGUUUCCUAG